GAGCGACAUUGACAAAAAUAACGGUUGCUGUAGGGUUCGACACUGUGAGGCCUCUUGGUCGCAUGUAUUUGCCCCGUCUUUAUGAGCGACUUGCCAAACAGUUUUGAGAAACAACGAUGUCUCGUCGUAAUGUGUGUGUGCCAUUGUGAAUGUCAUGUUUUACGUUUUACAUAAGCUUGAAAUAAUACUGGAACUGAGUACGGGUGUAAAUUGUUGCCAACAUAGUUGCCCUAAUAUAAAUAUAGUGAACUACAUGCGUGCUGUUCUAUUUCACGUUGGAUAUCGAAAUAUCGGUGUUGGUAGUUUUUACAAUAUAUCAAGUUGGAUACACUCGUAGCUAUACGAGAGCAAUACGAACACUCCUUAAGAGCUUCGAGUAAUGCGCUGAGCUGGAUGAAUAUUUCGCUGAAGGAGAGGUGGAUCGCGUGAAUAAAUAUGAUAUAUUGGCACGAAAGCAUGCUCCCGCUAUUUCUGUUGAGCUUACCACUGGGGUCAGUCAGUCAGUGGCCCGAAAGUACGGGUGCGAUGCUUUGUCGCGAGUUGUUCUCAGACUUCAAGGAACACUGCACAUGCAGACAAGAUUCCCUCUCAAACGGGACCAGGAUAAACUGCGAUGGCCGAUCAUUUUUCGGCACAUUUGUCGUCCUGCCGUAUCGACAGAACAUUAUUCAAUACAGCCAAAGUCAUGCUGGUCUUCAAGAUUUGGAAUCGCAAUUAUUUACAGCCAGUGACAUACCAUUACAGAUACUCGAUUUUUCUUCGAACCUUCUUAGAAGAAUUACGGAUAAGGUAUUCGAUGGCAUCGAGGAUACUCUCGAACAUCUCGAGCUUUCGCACAAUCUCCUCGGUGAUCAACUUACUCCUGUUUUUGGUUCGAAAGAGUUCAAUCGCCUGAACAACCUCAGGUACCUUGGCCUUAGUGAUAAUCUCAUUAAGGCUGUUGGAGACAACACGUUUCGUGGCCUCGUCGCCCUAAAGCAACUCGAUUUAAGCCAGAACGAGAUUCGGCAAGUGCCAUCUGGAGCCCUUAAACAUCUGGAAGGAGUUCGACACAUCGAUUUAAGUGCCAAUCGCAUCAAAAGCAUCUUCGAGUUUCCUCAUUUAGAACAUUUGCUCAGUCUGAACCUAACAAACAAUUCGAUUAUUUCUAUAGAAACUGAAGGAUUAUCGCACCUGGAGAGUCUCGAAGUACUAGACCUUUCUUCAAAUUAUAUCAAGACAGAUCUACAUCUGAUAGGUCUAUCCUCACUACACACAUUGAACAUAUCGAACAACCUUUUCCAGGAUAUCCCUUCGAGCAUUAAGAAGCUCACUUCGCUCAAACAUCUCGAUAUUUCAAAGGCAAAAAUUCGAAAUCUCGGUUACGGCCCAUUUUCGCAACUCACUAAACUUGAGUAUCUUAACUUAGCCUGGAAUGAAAUUGUGCAGAUUCAGGCAAACACAUUUCAAGGGCUGGCUAGAUUAAAGACACUCAUCCUAGAUGCAAAUAUACUUCGUAAGUUCGAGGAGUCUCACGUAACGGAUUUGGAAAAUCUAGAAGAACUUUACCUCAAUGAUAACCAGUUGCUCUCAUUUCCGACUGAAAUCUUCCUCAAAUUGAGGAGCCUUCAAAAAUUGCAUCUUGAUUUCAACCGCAUCGCCGCUAUCUCUGAAGAACUUCUUCGCUAUGCAGCCAAGCUCCACUACCUUUCACUAAGUUAUAACUUGCUCACAGAGAUUCCCGAAGGCACUUUCCGCGAUAUGGCCCAAUUGAGAGUGCUCAGACUACGCGGGAACAACCUCAAAAAGUUUACUCCGUCAAGUUACGGCGGGCUAGAAAGCUCCCUUAUUGAGUUAGACGUCGCAGAUAAUCAAAUAAGUUAUUUACCUAUGCUAAAUCUUAGCGCUCUGGAAGUACUAGAUAUAAGUGGAAACCAACUCGUAAAUUUGCAUUCAAAAAUGUUCUCCACCUCUAUAAAACUGAAGAAGCUCAUACUCGCAAGAAAUCUAUUUAGCAAAAUCGAUCCAGGUUGGAUUGAACCACUUUCUCAACUGGAAUAUCUUGACGUAAGCGGAUGCCAAAUCUCGAUUAUCUAUGAUAGUACGUUUGGCAGCUUCCUUCGAGCUAAGCACCUUCAUUUAGCCAAUAACGGCUUGGAAGCUUUUGGACGUAACAUCAAUCUUGAGACUGUUGAGGAACUGGAUCUCAGUGGUAACUACCUGAGCGAUGCUAAACUGAACGUAAAGAAACUGCGUACACUCAACCUCUCGUACAAUCGCCUUCGUGCAUUUAACGUGUCAUCAAACUCACCUUUUGCACUUCGUAAGAUUGAUAUUUCCUUUAACCGAUUGCAGGAAUUGAGGGAUGACUUGUUUGGAGUUCACCUGGCACUUGCGGAAGUUAAUCUAAGCAAUAAUAUGCUCUCACAGAUAUCCGCUGAUGUACUUCAGAGCUUCCCAAAUGUCAAGAAAUUCCUGCUCUCGGGAAAUCAGCUGCAUAUUAUACAGGAUAAAACGUUCUCGCCUCUUCGUAGUCUCUCUGAGCUCGACUUGUCCAUGAAUCAAAUUCACACCUUAGAGGGAACGCCAUUUGUUAAUUGCUCGUCACUGAAUAGCAUCGAUAUUAGUCACAAUCUUUUGGAAACCCUCACCGACGAAUGUUUCAAUGGGAUUUCUCGCCUCCGACUCAAUCUGAAGGGCAACCAGCUUCAUACUAUACCACAGAAUACGUUCUCAAGAACAAAUGUCUUUGCCCUUGAAGCGAUUGAUCUUGCAGAAAACGAGUUCUUUGAGUUCCCGGAGUUGUCUCUUCGACGUCAGUACUCCGUCAUCGAUCGCGCUAACUUCUCCAUGAACCUUAUACGGAGCAUACCGUCGAACGCUGACGUCCUUGUAAACGUGAAGCACAUUGACGUUUCGCACAACCCGCUUACUUCUGAUGCCCACUACGUUCUUCUGGGAGAACCAAAAUCUCUUCGGUCACUCUACAUGACCAACGUAUCAUUAAAGUUAAUACCGGAUCUGGAAACGCCUUUUUUGAGAGAAUUGGUUAUAUCGGACAAUGAAAUUAGCGGAUUGGCGAAGACCACUUUUAAGCGAGCGACCGGCUUAGUAAAAUUAGAUUUGGCUGGUAACAAAAUUGUCAAUUUUUUCGGCAUAGAUAUAGCACUGCCCCGACUUGAACACCUUGACCUCAGUGGUAACCAGCUCUAUGAAAUUACAAAGAAAUCAUUUGUUGCGCUUAGCGAGCUUUCAACGCUGAAGCUGUCCGGACUGAACAACCUCACUAGAAUGGGGUGUGAAGCAUUUCGGUCUCAAAAACGAUUAAAUAAUCUUGAAAUUCUCGGAUAUCCGAAAAUCAAAGAGUUAAACUACUCAUGCAUGAAUAUUCCGAGCGCCCUCGAAACACUUAUGGUGGAAAUCAAGGCACCUUCUCUCGGUGCACAACUCCACAAGAUGUAUAAUCCUCGACUUAAAAAGUUACUGGUAGCGGGCGACACCCUUGAGCAGCUGACCCCGACCUCGCUUGCUGGUAUUCGAUCUGAGCGUCUAGACCUUAUUUUCUAUAACACGAAUCUCCAAAAUCUGCCUGCCUCGCUAUUCCUUCCGUUACCACUUUCUUCAAAUAUCCGACUAUCAGCUGAAUACAGUCAGGUCAUGCAUUUCGAUCCGCAUCUUAUUCAGCUCAUUAACACUAGGCCUAACUUCAUUAUGAGCUCGUUUGAGGGCAGUCCACUUCAGUGUGACUGCAAUACAACUGAGCUGUACCAUGCCCUUAUAAACAAAGUGGAUAAAUUCUCCGAUGCUGGCACCAUUAGAUGCUACACUCCAUUAAUCCUGCGAGGUAUACCUCUGGUUAAUCUACAGGAAAGCCAGCUUCAAUGUGAUGAGGAUGGCCUUUCAAGGGACAUUGUAACCAAUGACCUUAGUCGUAGCGAAUCUAAUGCACCUGCUAAAAAAGACAAUCCCUUCAAGCUGGACGAAAGCCUCUUUAAGAAGCCGUAUCGACCAUCGCCAACGUUAGUGCAAGAUCUCGUUGUUCGCAAAACUGUGAUUACGGACCCUCCGUUCUUAACGAAAGUAGACAUGUUAAUUAUUAUAAUCAUUUCGACAGUCGUUAUCCUCGUGACCACUAUAUCGAUUGGUGUGUGCAUCUGCAAGUGGUACAAUCGCGCCGAGGAGAUGCCCUACCCCCCGGGAGCGUGGGCAACUCUUCCGCCGCAUGUCGCCAUGCCAUUGCCUUCAAAGUGUACAUGCGUACGUCCACCAUCAGCGCCAUGCACUUGCCGAACGCCGGUUACGUCUGUGCGGGGGCGUACUCCCGAUCCCUAUCAAAGAGCCAUGUCUCGGGGACCCCCUAUGGUGAUGCCGCCUGGAAUUAAUGGGCAUCACCUGUCGCGACCGCCCUCAAUGUGGGAUGCGCAGUCAUGGCGGUAAUGCGAGGCACACUUGUAACAGUUCCCGUAGCACUAGUAUAUCUGAAUGACAUGAACAGUUAGAGGCCAUCUAGGUAAUUGAACAGUAACAGGAUCUAGUCGUAUGAGAGCGGCUUGAUCGUAGUGAGUUUGUGGAUGAAUCGACAUCAUCACCGACGUUGCUCACCCUGUACAUAGAUACAUUGUGUGCUAAACAUUACUGAUAAUAAUAACUAAUAGAAUUAAUACUCAGACAGAAAACGUGCAUAAGGGCACUUGUUGCCACUGGUCACUAAUAUGAUGUGAUGUUUAUUUUACAAUUACUAUUUGUGUAUUUUUCAAUGAAGCCGACUUGGAGUAUUUAUUUGAACCUCAAAUAUAGGCCCUUCCUUUGUUAUACCUAUAUUCUAUAUCGUUUUCUUUUAUAAGAGAACUGGCUAUACAGCCGGCUGACUAAAUCUUAGAUGGCAGCAAAGCAUCCUCAGUUGAAUUGUAUGUAAUCAACCAAGCAAAAGGCACUUAGACUGUUUAAUGACUGAUUGUUUUUAGUUGUCGACUGACCUUGCCCCCCAGCCUGCGUAUACAUUUAUAUGAUACAAUUAACGGUUAUAUGUCAUCACGUAAAUAACAACAGUCGUGUGUUUAGACGUUUAUGGCUAAAGCUCUGAUUGGCCUACAGAACAAUGUCAGCAUACAAUUAGUUACCGUGUGGAAUAUGCCGUAGCUCUUCCCGAAGCUAUUAUAAAUAUACCCCUUGUUAGACUAACGGAAGCACGCGUCUCUGCAAGGCUCUGGUGGAAAACAAAUUGCCGAAAAUGGGUAACAAUUUUAUUGUUAAAAAAAAUACAUUAUCAGGUCACCUAGGUAUUCUCUUAGGUUGGUACAUCCAGGUUGAAUAACCACAAUGACAUUGUACGUCAAAUGUGAGAUGCACAGGAUGCGAUGCGAUCGAGUCAAACCUAACCCUUAUCGCACCAAGGGAAGCAACCUAUUAAUAAAUCAGCAAUAUGCAGUUUAAACAAUUAUAAUAUGAACAGUAGUUCUUUGCUACGAGCUUUGUACAAGUAACAUUAUGUAAGUUUGUUGGCGAAGUUCAUCAACAACCCUUCAUGAGAACGUAUCUUUCAGCUUUUCAACUGGAGCUAUCCCUUUUUGGUGCGGCAUAUUUUUUUUCAGACGUUAACAAAGAUAAAUUAUCGAAUGGACUCUCGAGCUACUGGGCAGUAGUUCAUUCACAAAGGACCUCACGCCGUCUUUGUGACCUGGCGUGAUUAAUGG